AUGGCGAAUCCCGAUCUGGCAAUAAUGCUAGAGGAAGAAAAAAAGUACUUAUUAGUACGGUCGGCGGUGGGUGGAGCUACAGGACAGUACCAGAAGAACCAGCGAAGACACGUAUCUAGGCGGGUAGUAGUAGUCGGUGGGCCAGUUCCUGACAAGCUCGUACCUAUUGUACGUAGCAGGCAAGCAAAAGCAAGCGUGGAGAACCCUGGAAGAAUGAUUGAGUGCGCCGGAAGCGAUCAAAUGAUGGUGGUGGUGGAGGUGCCAGCCAGACACAGAGAUGCUUCCAGACAGCUCAACGCCUAUGUUUCGACCUUGCUGCCAGCCCUAAGGCGUGCUGUAGCGUGUGAUGGUGUAGUGCUGCUGUUGAUCACGACGGGCAGGGCACGUCCUGCUUUUUCUCCAAACGCACAGGGCGAAGAGGAGUGGGUGCAGUUCGCAAGUGAAGCGUUCGGUCCGAGUCAAGACAGAAGUGCGACAGUCUGCCAGAUCCGGUACGCAGAUAGGCCUCUCUAG